AUGGCCGCACUCCGCCUCCCCGCCCCGCCGGCGGCGAGGUGGUCCCACCUUCCUUCCGCCUCCGCCGCCGCGCGUCGGGUCUCGCCCCCUCGCCAUCUCGCGGCGCGGCGGGCCAAGGGGGAGGACACGCCGGAGCCGCCGGUGAGGACGCUGCUGAUCAACAACUACGACAGCUACACCUACAACAUAUUCCAGGAGCUGUCGGUCGUCAACGGCGUGCCGCCCGUGGUCGUGCGCAACGACGAGUGGACGUGGAGGGACGUCUUCAACCGGGUGUACAAGGACCGGGCCUUCGACAACAUCGUCAUCUCGCCUGGCCCUGGAUCUCCGGCUUGCCCCGCCGACAUAGGUGUAUGUCUGCGCAUACUUUUGGACUGUGGAGAUAUACCCAUCUUGGGUGUCUGCCUUGGCCACCAGGCCCUGGGAUUUGUACAUGGUGCUAAGAUUGUUCAUGCUCCAGAAGCUAUACACGGGCGACUCAGGCAAGGCCUUGAAUUCAUUGAAAUUGAGCAUGAUGGAUGCUACCUCUUUAAUUGUGUCCCAUCAGGUAGAAACUCUGGCUUCAAGGUAGUGAGGUAUCAUUCACUUGUAAUAGAAUCUGGUUCUCUACCUGAUGAUCUUACAUCAAUAGCGUGGACUGCUUCUCCAAAUUUGCAUUCUUACCUUGAAAGUGGCCGAAGUAAUGUCAGCACCUUCUUGGGAUCAUUGGACAACAACUUUAUGACAAACCCUCUAGAGUACAGUUACAAUGAUGGGGAACUAUCCAGCAUAGGACAUACUAGUGAGUCAGAUGAUGGCAGAGUUAUCAUGGGCAUCAGGCACUCUAGCAGGCCUCAUUAUGGAGUGCAGGUCAAUUCUGCAAGCCAUCGUGAUUCUAUCCCUAAGGACUUGUGUACUGAAAGAAUGGAACUUUCGGAGCCUGUACUUGGAAAGAGAGGCAUUGGGAAAAAGUGUUUACGAUUACGAUGGAAGAAGAUUGAAAAUUUCCUUUGUCCCACAGUUGGCUCUGAAGACAUAUUUGGGCUGCUUUUUGGCCAUCAAAGCGGUGAAGACACGUUUUGGUUGGAUAGCUCAUCAGUCGACCAGAAUAGGGCACGUUUUUCAUUCAUGGGUGGCAAAGGUGGGUCCCUGUGGAAGCAAAUGACAUUCCACCUAUCUGGUCAAAGAGACCUUCAUGUUAUUCUGCAUAUCACAAAUUCUUUUCCAGAGCCAAUUGUGGAGGAACGCUUAUUACCCAAGAUGCUUAUGGAUAUACUGCGAAAAAACUUCAUCAAAGAGGGCUUCUUGGAGUUCCUUAACAGGGAGAUCGAGUCCAUUCAAUACAAUGAGAAGGAUUACGAAGGACUGCCCUUUGAAUUCUAUGGUGGCUUCGUUGGAUAUCUAGGGUAUGGUCUUAAAGUGGAGUGCGAUGCAUCAUCUAACAAGGCCAAAUCAAGUACUCCUGAUGCAUGCUUCGUCUUUGCUGAUAACACUGUGGUGGUUGAUCACAGUAAUGGUGAUGUGUAUAUUUUGUCACUGCAUGAUGAAUUUUAUUCUAGUAAUGGAGAUGGGAUAUGCAAAAAUUCAACACAUACUUCAUGGUUAGUUGAGACUGAGAAGAAGCUUCUCAGGUUGGGUGGUAUGUCCCCAGGAUCACCAAUUAAUGGGAAGGCAUAUGCUAGAUCAUCCAGUGUGCAUAAGCAGAGUUUUGUUGUAGAGAAAUCAAAGGAUCAGUAUAUUAGAGAUGUUCAGAGUUGCUUGGACUAUAUCAGGGAUGGAGAAAGCUAUGAGUUGUGCUUAACUACUCAGAUGAAGAGAAGAGUAGACUAUAUAAAUGCGCUCCAACUCUACCUUAAACUGAGAAAACAAAAUCCAGCACCUUAUGCAGCUUGGCUUAACUUCUCCUCAGAAAACUUAAGCAUAUGUUGCUCUUCUCCAGAAAGGUUUCUGCGACUAGACCGAGGCGGAGUUCUAGAAGCAAAACCAAUCAAAGGUACUAUAGCACGUGGCAGAACACCAGAGGAAGAUGAACGCUUACGUUUGCAGUUGAAAUACAGGCAAGAUUAUGGAUUUGUUUAUCACAGUGCUCAUGCUACUACUAUAUUUUUCUUUUUGCAUGUGCUCAACUUCAACAGUGAAAAAGAUCAGGCUGAGAACUUGAUGAUUGUUGACCUCCUAAGAAAUGAUCUUGGCAAGGUUUGUGAACCAGGGAGUGUGCAUGUCCCUCGUCUCAUGGAUGUAGAAUCAUAUAAAACUGUCCACACCAUGGUGAGUACCGUCCGUGGGACAAAGAAGUCGAAUCUAAGCCCUGUUGAUUGUGUGAAAGCGGCCUUUCCAGGUGGUUCAAUGACUGGGGCCCCAAAAGUUAGAUCAAUGGAGAUCCUUGAUUCACUUGAAACUAGUCCGAGAGGUGUGUACUCAGGAUCGAUUGGGUUCUUUUCGUACAACCACACAUUUGAUCUGAACAUUGUGAUUCGAACGGUUAUCCUGCAUGAUGGAGAAGCCUCAGUAGGGGCAGGUGGGGCGAUUGUAGCACUGUCAAACCCAGAAGCAGAAUACAAUGAAAUGUUGCUUAAAGCAAAAGCACCAACAAAGGUGGUUGAGGAUUUCAUUCAAACAAUUUACAGCUCAGAUCGAUCCGAUUCGAUGCAGACAACCAUAAGCUAG